UCCAUGCUGACCAUGAUGGAGAGGGUUCCAUCUCCUAUGAUCCUAUCCUUCACAUGGUGUCAUGUCAAACGUGUUCAUGCACCACCCAAACAAAAAAAACUAAAGCACCAAAGCGAAAGGAGGCACCUUAUAAAUAUGGUGGUACCGGCAGACGGCUCAUUUCAAAGCCCCAUGACUGGGAUCUAGCCACCUUCUAGGAGUAAACACAGAGACACUGUCCUUCACCAACAUGUGCUCUGGUUCCUGGAACAUCAAGAGAGAGUGGUCUUCUCCCGCUGUGUUCAUCAGGCGGCGGCAGCAGCAGAAGAAGAAGUCAGACGUCUCAGUGAUGACUCUCAGGAGGAAGAGGUUAAGGCUGACCAGGAGGAGGAGGAGGGCUGCAGGAGCAGAGUUAGGGCUGAUCAGAAGGAGGAGGAGGAGAGCUGCAGAGGCGGAUAUGGCCAUGCUGAACCUGAAGCUCCACCUUGAGAACCGGCGCAUCCUAGCGGAGAACGAGAGGCUCCGGGAGAGGGCCAGCGUGCUCCGCGGUGAGAACCUCGCGCUGCGCGAAAACCUGUGCAAGACGGUGGCGGAGGCGGCACCGCCGGCAGAGACCACCACUGGCUGCUGAGCAGCCGGCUGCUCGGCGCUCUCCACGGUAGCUCUGUGGUGUGUUUGUGCUAGUCUGUUUUCUAGGUGUGAUGAUCUUCCUGGCUUGUUAGGGAUGACCCAAUGGCUGGUGACUUGUGCUUAUCGACCACAUGGACUAAUUUACAGUGUUUUGUUUGGCUAGCUCUCUCUUUACCAAGGAAAAAAGGUGAGGCAAACAAAAUCAGCUUUGAUCAAAA